UUCCAUUGACCAAAUUAUCUAAGACCCAAUCUGCAGAGAACUCGCUCCUCUCAAUUUUCUUCCUUCUACCAUGGCCGGAGCUGCAGUUGCCGCCGAGACGAAGCCCAAGAAGCAGAACCGUAGAGCUCUCAAAGAGAAGAAUCCAACUCCCGACGAGGCCAACAUUCUGGCCGGGAAAGUGUCCGAGCCGUCUCCUUCGCCGUCGCCUGCGAUGUUGAAGGACGAUCCUGCGAAGGAGAACCAUGAAAGCCUCUCGCAGAAGAUGAUGUCGCCCAAGAAAGGGAGAGCCGCUUCGAAGAAACAAGCGACGAAGCAAACGACGGCGUCUUCGUUUGAGAAAGACUUGCAGGAAAUGCAAGAUAAGCUUCAGAAAUUGAGGAUCGAGAAGGAGAAGACCGAGGAGCUUUUGAAGGAAAAGGAUGAGAUGUUGAAGAUCAGGGAGGAAGAGCUUGAAAACCGAGGUCGAGCGCAGGAGAAGCUUCAGAUGGAGCUGAAGAAAUUGCAGAAGGCGAAGGAGUUUAAACCCACCGUGACAUUUCCUAUUUUCCAAUCCAUGAAAGAUAAUGAACAAGACAAGAAAGAGAAGAAGAAGAAGGUGUGCCCUGAAAAGAAAAGGCCAUCUCCACCGUACAUCCUGUGGUGCAAAGAUCAGUGGAAUGAGAUCAAGAAGGAGAAUCCUGAUGCUCAAUUCUCAGACAUUACCAACAUUUUGGGGGCGAAAUGGAAAACUGUCACUGCUGAAGAGAAGAAGCCUUAUGAGGAGAAGUACCAAACUGAGAAAGAAGCUUACUUGCUGGUUGUUGCCAAAGAGAAGCGAGAGACUGAAGCCAUGAGACUAUUUGAAGAUGAGCACAAACAAAAGACAGCUAUGGAGUUGCUUGAACAGUACCUCCAGUUCAAACAAGAAGCUGAGAAAUCUGAGAAGGAAAACAAGAAGACUAAGAAAGAAAAGGAUCCAUUGAAACCGAAGCAACCCAUGUCAGCCUAUUUCCUCUUCUCAAACGAGAGAAGAGCUGCUCUACGUGAAGACAACAAGAGUGUGUUGGAGGUAGCAAAGAUCACUGGUGAAGAGUGGAAGAACAUGACAGAGGAAAUGAAAGCUCCUUAUGAAGAGUUGGCAAAGAAGAAUAAGGAGAAGUACAAGCAAGAGAUGGAGAUUUACAAUCAGAAGAAGGAAGAGGAAGCUGAGAUUUUGAGGAAGGAAGGUGAAGAAAAUAUGAAAUUUCAGAAGCAAGAAGCCUUGCAAUUGCUCAAGAAAAAGGAGAAAACAGACAACAUUAUCAAGAAAACAAAAGAGGUUCGCCAAAAGAAGAAGAAGGAGAAGAAUGUUGACCCCAACAAGCCCAAAAAGCCUGCAUCUUCUUACCUUCUGUUCAGCAAAGAAGCCAGAAAGAACUUAUUGGAGGAGAAACCAGGGCUCAACAGUGCCUCAGUUAAUGCAGCUAUUUCAGUCAAAUGGAAGGAACUGAAUGAGAAAGAUAGAGAAGUGUGGAAUGAGAAAGCUGCAGAAGCCAUGGAGGCAUACAAAAAGGAUUUAGAAGCUUACAACAAGACUAUUGCUGCUAAUACAUCCCCUAAUGAAUGAGUGAUUUCAUGUUCAAGUGCUUGUUGAACAUUCUGCUACACAAAAUGACUCUUAUGCUUCUUUUGUUAGUUUUUUUUUUAAUGUGUUCUUUUAGCUAAACACAUUAAUGUGCAAAGAAAGCUAUUCAAUCGAGUUCAAGAAAAACUACUAUUGCGAAUUUAGGGACCGAUUGGUAUAGGAUUUAAAUAUGAUUUUAUGUUUUUAGAAUUUAAAAAUUGUGGGACCUACAAAAAAUA